AUGCCUGCCGUCAGGGGAGAUGGGAUGCGAGGGCUCGCAGUUUUCAUAUCAGACAUAAGAAACUGUAAAAGCAAAGAAGCAGAAAUAAAAAGAAUCAAUAAAGAACUGGCUAAUAUAAGGAGUAAGUUCAAAGGAGACAAAACGCUUGAUGGAUAUCAAAAAAAGAAGUAUGUCUGUAAACUCUUGUUUAUCUUCUUGUUAGGUCAUGAUAUUGAUUUCGGUCACAUGGAAGCUGUGAACUUGCUCUCCUCUAAUAAGUAUUCUGAGAAACAAAUAGGUUACCUGUUUAUAUCAGUUCUGGUUAACACUAACAGUGAUCUCAUAAAACUUAUUAUUCAAAGCAUUAAAAACGACUUACAAUCUCGGAACCCUAUUCAUGUUAACCUUGCCCUGCAAUGCAUAGCUAAUAUUGGUAGCAAGGACAUGGCAGAAGCUUUUGGUACUGAAAUACCUAAACUACUUGUUUCUGGAGAUACUAUGGAUGUUGUCAAGCAGUCAGCUGCUCUAUGCUUAUUGAGACUGUUCAGAAAGUCUCCUGAAAUUAUUCCUGGAGGUGAGUGGACUUCAAGAAUUAUUCAUUUACUAAAUGACCCUCAUAUGGGAGUUGUGACAGCAGCUACAUCUCUUAUAGAUGCACUUGUAAAAAAGAAUCCUGAUGAAUACAAAGGAUGUGUCACUCUUGCUGUGGCCAGGUUAAGUAGAAUAGUCACAGCCAGUUAUACUGAUCUGCAAGAUUAUACUUAUUACUUUGUACCUGCUCCAUGGCUUUCUGUAAAACUUUUACGCUUGCUACAAAAUUAUACACCACCUUCUGAGGAGCCAGGAGUCAGAGGCCGCUUAUCUGAGUGCUUAGAAACAAUCUUUAACAAAGCCCAAGAGCCUCCAAAAUCUAAAAAAGUUCAGCACUCUAAUGCCAAAAAUGCAGUCCUUUUUGAAGCAAUAAGUCUUAUAAUACAUAACGAUAGUGAACCUAAUUUGUUAGUUCGUGCUUGCAAUCAGUUAGGCCAAUUCUUGAGUAAUCGUGAAACUAACUUGAGAUAUUUAGCUCUUGAGUCAAUGUGUCAUCUUGCUACAUCUGAGUUUUCUCAUGAAGCAGUGAAAAAACAUCAAGAAGUUGUUAUUCUCUCAAUGAAAAUGGAAAAAGAUGUAUCUGUCAGACAGCAAGCAGUUGAUUUACUCUAUGCUAUGUGUGAUAAAACAAAUGCUGAAGAAAUUGUACAAGAAAUGUUGGCAUAUUUGGAAACAGCUGAUUAUUCUAUUAGGGAAGAAAUGGUCUUGAAAGUUGCAAUAUUAGCUGAGAGGUAUGCAACUGACUUUACAUGGUAUGUAGAUGUUAUAUUAAAUCUUAUAAGAAUUGCAGGAGAUUAUGUUUCAGAAGAAGUUUGGUACAGAGUUAUUCAAAUUGUAAUCAAUAGGGAGGAAGUUCAAGGAUAUGCUGCUAAAACUGUUUUCGAAGCCUUACAAGCACCCACAUGUCACGAAAAUAUGGUCAAAGUGGGUGGAUAUAUUUUAGGUGAGUUUGGAAAUUUAAUUGCUGGUGAUACUAGAUCAUCACCUCAAGUUCAAUUUGAACUUCUACAUUCAAAAUAUCAUCUAUGUUCAGCAGCCACACGGGCUCUGUUGUUAUCAACAUAUAUAAAACUUGUUAACUUAUUUCCUGAAAUUAAAAAUAGAGUGCAAGAAGUAUUCCGUGCAGAUUCCAAUCUUCGCUCAGCAGAUGUAGAGCUGCAACAGAGAGCAUCAGAGUAUUUACAAUUAAGUAUUGUGGCCAGUUCAGAUGUAUUAGCUACUGUGUUAGAAGAAAUGCCAGCAUUUCCAGAGAGAGAGUCUUCCAUUUUAGCAGUGUUAAAAAAGAAGAAACCAGGCCGUAUACCAGAUGAUGUAAGAGAAUCAAAAAGCCCACAGCCUAAUAUUACCCCAGCACCAAUUACAAAUAAUACUAUUAAUACAAAUAGUUCCAGUGCAGAUUUGUUGGGAUUAUCCACACCUCCUGGCACUAAUAAUACCUCUACAGGAAAUGGUUUGUUAGAUGUUUUGGGUGACUUGUAUACAACUCCUAAAAUAAGUCCUACAACUGUACAACAAAAUAAUAUCAAGAAAUUUUUGUUUAAGAAUAAUGGUGUCCUUUUUGAAAAUGAUCUUAUUCAAAUAGGAGUUAAAAGUGAAUUUAGGCAAAACUUGGGUAGAAUUGGUCUUUUCUAUGGUAAUAAAACUCAAUCUGCAAUACAAAAUGUCCAUCCUGAACUGCACUGGAAUGAUUUACACAAGCUUAAUGUGCAAAUGAAACCUAUGGAACCAAUAUUAGAAGCUGGUGCUCAAAUUCAACAAAUGUUGACUGCUGAAUGUAUUGAAGAUUUUAUUGAUGCUCCUAGUAUGUCUGUAUCAUUCUUAUACAAUAACGUCCCACAAAAAAUUUCUAUGAAACUCCCUCUUACUCUCAAUAAAUUCUUUGAACCAACUGAAAUGAAUGGAGAGUCUUUCUUUGCAAGAUGGAAAAACUUGGGAGGAGAACAACAACGUGCUCAAAAAAUAUUUAAAGCUCAAGGUUCUAUUGAUAUAACUGGAACUCGUACAAAACUGGCUGGAUUUGGCAUGCAACUAUUAGAUGGUAUUGAUCCAAACCCUGAUAAUUUUGUCUGUGCUGGAAUUGUUCACACCAGGGUACAGCAGGUAGGUUGUCUUAUGAGACUGGAACCAAACAAACAAGCUCAAAUGUUCCGACUUACUGUAAGAUCAAGUAAAGAGUCAGUUUCACAAGAAAUUUGCAAUCUGCUGGCAGAUCAGUUC